AAGAUAAGCCAGUUGACUCAAGAUUUCUCAAUUUCUGUUUUUAAUUCAAAAUUUAAAUUUACGAAUCAUGCCUUCUUAAUCAAUCAAACUGAAAUUCAAAUAAAACAAAAGUAGAAAUUUUUUUAAAAUGGCGGACAACUCAGUCGAGGAUAGUGAGAUGUGUGGCAGGCUGACAGCAGAAGAAAUGGACAUCAUGAGGAAAGAGAAUGUAGCCUAUGAAUAUCUCUGCAGACUGGAGGAAGCCAAAGUCUGGAUCGAGGCCUGCAUCAAGGAAGAGAUCCCACCGAGUGUUGAGUUGGAGGAGAACCUGAGGAAUGGAGUCGUGCUUGCAAAGUUGGCUCACUUCAUCUCGCCUGAUCGAAUUCCCUUCAAAAAAAUUUACGAUCUCGAUCUCUCCAAAUAUCAAAGUCGAGGCCUGCACUUUCGUCACACUGACAACAUCAACCAUUGGAUCAAAUCCAUGAAAGAGAUAGGCCUGCCUGAGAACUUCUACCCUGAGACCACAGAUAUCUACGACAGAAAGAACAUCCCUCGACUUAUAUACUGCCUGCACGCACUCAGUUUAUACAUGUUCAAGAUUGGCAGGGCUCCACAAAUACAAGAUUUGUAUGGGAAAAUUCAAUUUACAGAUGAGGAGAUCAGUAACAUGAGGAAGGAGCUGGACAAGUAUGGCAUCUCCAUGCCUGCUUUCUCCAAGAUAGGUGGAAUACUGGCCAAUGAGAUGCCAGUUGAUGAAGCUGCAUUGCACGCAGCAGUGAUAGCCAUCAACUCAGCCAUCGACAAAGAGGACCCACACCUGACUUUGGAAGCCCUCCAGAACCCAUCUGCCCACAUCAUGAACAUCAAUGGGCAGCUCGCUGACAACUACCAACAACUACUUUAUGAUGCUAAGUUUGUGAAAGCUGAGAAUGCAAGGAAUAAGUCACUGAACAUAGACAAUGUGCCGGAUGUAUAUGACGAACUCCUCACACAAGCCGAAAUUCAAGGAAACAUUAAUAUGGCAAACAACACCUACCAUCUCUCCAUCAUAAAUGAGAUGAUCAGCAGGGAAGAUAGUGCCGGUCUGGUGAGGGCGUUGAAAUCUUCAAACUUGAACUUCAGAGAUGUUGAUGAAACAAGAGGGGAUUGUUAUCUUUUUAAAUUUAUAGAAAUCAGAGAAGCAGGCAAGGGGGAUGACUUUCUGACGAAGGAUCAGCUACAGCAGGGCAUACUGAGGACCAAUGAAGAGUUCAAUGACAUGCUACUUGUUAAGGAGAGUCUGAGGAAGAUAAAUGAAGUCCUCGAGGGUAAUGAUUACGACGCUACUCUGCAGCUGCUUCAACAACCGAAACUUCGACUGCCCACUGAAUAUCCAACUGCCAAGUGCCUCUACCACGAAGAACUCAAGUGCAUGAAACAUGAAAAACAGAAGUUAGUGUUUGCUCUGUCAUCACCAUCUUUCUGUCAUUAUGUUAAAACAUUAUUUUUGAAUGCCAUUGCCAAGGUCAAUGAAACAGUUGACUCAAACGAUCCUCGCGGCUUAUUGGAUGCUUUAAAUUUUGAACACGCCCACAUUAGUGACGUAGACGCUGACCUGAUUGAUAAGUAUCUGAAAUAUUUGAAGAAACUUAAGCAGAGCAGAUCAAAGUCAACUUUUGACCUGUUGACCCACCACGACAUUGUGAAGUGCAUCAAUGACAUCAACUACAGGUCGGCCAUUGAACAUGAACGUAUCGAAGCAGUGGCUCGGAUAAAUGAGAUGAUAGACAGAAAUGAUGUCCACCUCCUUCUCAGCUGCUUGCAAGCCUCUAACGCCGGCAUCAAGAACGUUCAUGAAGAUGGUGUUGUGCACUACAUGCAGCUGCUCAAAAUUGCCAAACAGAAGAAGGCUGAAGAGACAGAGGACAGUACCGCCAUGCUCUGGUACGAGGAGAUACAGGACACCAUCCACUAUGCAAAUGUUGAUCUGAAGGAAGCAGAGCAAUUAUCGGCGUGUGUGGCGGCUGUGAACAUAUCAGUGGAGAACGAAGACGACAAAAACAUGUUGACGUAUCUCCAGCAUCCAUCAGUCCGACUGAACCACAUCAGCGCCAACCUCUCCAAGGCUUAUGCUGCCUGUCUGAGGGACUUCAAGGCACAAAAGGAAUGCGCUGGUGACACUGGAUCAGGCUGGAUGAUGAACAAGUUAUCAAAUGGGAGCAAAUAUUUUUUCAAUAUCAACACAAUGGAAGGAUCUUGGAAGAAGGAGAGCAACAUUGUCAAGGACUACUCUCUGCUUACCAGGGAUGAUAUUGAGAACUGUGUGGCCGAGGUAAACAAAUCAAGCGCGCGACAUUCACUGUUCAAGGCCAGUGAACAUUACAUCAUCCAGUUGCAAGCCCACAUCAAGGGGGCCAUGGUCAGAAGGAGGUUUCUUAGGAGGAAGAAACUUCUGCUCUCACAAACACCUGCCGUCAAGGCCAUACAGCAUUGGUGGCGGAGAGUGAAAGCUACGAAGGAGAUGAGAAGGAAAAUGAAUUACUACAGCGAUAAUGAACAUUCCGUUGUACAGGCACAAGCACUGACUCGAAUGUACCUGACAAGGAAAGCUUAUCAAGAGAGAUUGAACUAUUUCAAAAAACAUGUUAGUGGGAUAGUGAAGAUCCAAGCCUUCAUGAGGACAGCAAGAGCUAGACAGGACUACAAGGCUUUAAUGCAUGGAGACAAUUCUUCAGUUUCUGUCAUCAGGAAGUUUGUUCAUCUGCUCGAUAUCACGGAUCAGGAUUACAAUGAAGAAAUUGAGCUGGACAAGUUACGUCACCAGGUGGUCCAAGAGAUUCGAAGCAACCAGCAGUUGGAUCAAGAUCUGAACCAGAUGGAUGUGAAGAUUGGACUCCUUGUUAAAAACAGGAUCACUCUUCAGGAUGUGGUGUCCCAAAACAAAUUCCUCCGCCAAUAUCAAUCCAACGCGAGUGUUGGAUCGGGCACAGGAACGUUGGGUCCGGCUAACAACCUGCUGACUGGAGGACUGAAGGGACUGAGCAAGGCCAGUCACGACAAACUGGAGGCCUACCAACAUUUGUUCUAUUUGCUGCAGACGAAGCCGCACUAUCUGGCCAAGUUGAUGUUUGAACUGCCACAGAGCAAGACGACCAAGUUCAUGGAGACUGCCGUCUUAUCCCUCUACAACUACGCUUCUAACCAAAGAGAUGAGUACAUGCUGCUCGGAUUGUUCAAGACUGCCCUCGAGGAAGAAAUCAGGUCAAAGGUGACUUCACUAUCAGAUAUAAUUACUGGCAAUCCAAUGGUCAUCAAGAUGAUUGUCAGUUUUAAUAGAAAUGCCAGAGGUCAGAGCCUGUUGAAAGAGCUGCUGAAUCCCAUGGUGAUAGAGAUCCUGGAGGACAAGAACCUGAAAAUCAACACAAACGUCGUCGAGGUUUACAAGCAGUGGGUCAAUCAAACCGAAGCAACUACGGGCAAGCCAAGUGGUUUGCCCUAUGACGUGAGCAUUGAACAAGCCCUGAAGCAUGAAGAAGUCGGAAUGAAGUUGAGUGACACCAUCUUGGUGCUACAACAGUGCACUGAGAAGUUCCUCGGCGCCAUCCUAAUGUCCAUUGAUAAGAUACCGUACGGCAUGAGGUACAUGUCGAAGGUGCUUAAGAACGCAUUGCACGCCAGAUUCCCUGAGGCCCAGGAGAAAGAAAUAUUGAAGAUCAUUGGAAACCUGAUCUACUACCGCUAUAUCAACUCGGCUAUCGUGGCGCCAGAUGCGUUCGACAUCAUUGAAGUGGCCGCCAACCAGGGCCUCACUAAUGAGCAGCGACGUAAUUUGGGAUCUGUGGCCAAGAUAUUGCAGUUUGCUGCUUCUAACAAAGGGUUCGGAUCUGACAGUCCCCACCUGGUUUCCAUGAACAAAUAUAUCAUGGAUGCCCACGCAAGAUUCAAGCGAUACUUCCAGGAGAUAUGUGAGGUGGACGAGCCGGAUGUUGUCUUCAACAUCGACCGAUACUCAGAUGUCGCCCGUAUCAUCAAACCUGUCAUUUACAUCUCCGUUGGGGAGAUUGUCGAUCUGCACAAGCUGUUGUUGGUCCACCAACAUGUGAUCGCCCCGGACCCGCACGACCCCCUCCAUGAACUCCUGGACGACCUUGGGGAUGUCGCCGAUGUGGACGCCAUUUUAGGCGACGCAAGCUGUGAUGAAGUGGCUAGACAGCAGAUGGCCAAGACGGAAAUCUCGCUGAUGUUGUCCAACAAGUUCGAGCUGCCAGAUGAUGACCAGUUGAACAUUCAGACAACAAUGUUGAGAACAAAACAAAUGAUUGUUGACGUGCUGAGGUGUCAGAAGUCCGGUGAUAAUCUCAUUCAAGUCCUUAACUGCAGAGCUACUGAAGCUGAAGAAAAUGUACAUGCAGCUCUGUUGAGAGCGAGGGAUCGAGUUGAGCAGAGAGGCACCAGGUCGAACCUCAUCAGACAACAAUCCGUUGCUGGUGGAAUCAAACUGCCAAUUGAACCAAUGAAGGGAGUCAUAAGGGAAAAUUUAGACAAGUUGGAAAAGGCAGGAAUGGUGUCAAAAGAAAAUGCUUAUCAAAAUAUUGUUCAGUCCAUCUUGCAGGACGUGCGCAAUCAGAGACUGCACAGGCAGCGUAGGAAGGCUGAAAUGGCUCGCCUGAGGCAGACCAUGAAGAACUUGGAUCAGAAGAGGGCCUUCUUUGAGGAACAGAUCAACUACUACAAUCAAUAUGUCAAGACUUGUCUCUCCAAACAAGCGGCUAAAGCUCGCAAGAAAACUUCGGUGAAGUACAGCGCCUUGCGAUUGCAUGAGAAGGGGGUUCUCCUGGCCAUUGAGGGGCUCCAACAGAACCAGUUCAAGAAUGUGUUGUUUGAGAUCGUAUCAACAGACAUGCCUGGUUUGUUCAUUGUUCACGCAAAGUUCAUGGGCGUGAACAUGGAGAAAGUUGAACUGCACUUCCAGAAUCUACUUGAGCUGCAGUACGAGGGCAUAGCGGUGAUGAAGAUGUUUGACAGGGCUCAGGUCAAUGUCAACCUGCUCAUCUACCUACUGAACCACAAGUUCUACGGCAAGAAAUGACUCCUGUCCUCUUCAAAUUUUGUUGACUUACUGCAUGGUUGUUUUAUUUUUUUGCCCCUCGAUGAUGUUCAAACGUGGUGUGGUACAAUAAUAAAUAAAUCUCAUUAUUGCAAGUUAAGUGGUCAAUUAUUAUUCGAUCUUGAUUGAUUAAUGUGCAGAAUAUAAUAUGCGGUGUGUGUGUGUGUGUGUGUGUGUGUUACCGGGUGAUUGUAUGUGAUAGUGAUUCCUUUCCUGAUUUUCGUAUUUGAUACAUUUAAUGUUAAUUUAAUGUUAACGUGCGCGCUGUCCACCACCAUUAUUCAUAAUUUUAUUUUUUAUCAUUUCCUGAUUUUUAUUUGCGAGACCAGCGUAUACUUCUGAUGAUAUCUUCUGAUAUCUGCUGAUCGCUUUUUAUUCUGACUGACAAAAUUUUAAGAUACAGAUGAUGGAACGCCAGCACUUUGCUAACCUGUAUGAUGAUACUUCGUCUUUAAGACCUAUUCCAUUCAUUCAUGCAAACUGCCUUCCUGACUAUGUUCGAUAUGUGACAUAUCAUUUGAACACUGUGAUUGAGUUAUUCAUUUCAAGUCCUCUAUUUCAGCGCUAUAAAAAUGUAUAUUAUUUUAUUUUAGACUAUACUCAUCGUUCGUCAGACAUAACACACACACACACACACACACACACACAUAAAUCUAUUACCUUAUUCCAUUUUAAUUUUUAAUUCCAAAUAUUCUUUCCAUUUUUUUUAUCGAAAUAUAAUUUCCCAGUAGUCAUGUUUAUUAGAAAUUUUAUAUCAAAAUGUUUUUUCACACAUUCAUAUUAUAUUUGACUAUAUUUGACUUUACAAUAUAUGAGAACUUUCAUGAGAACUUUACAUCAGUCAGGUGGCAAUCAAAUUAUUGUGCUAUCCCGUCUUACGUCAAAAUAAUUAUCGUUUAAUAAGCUAACAUCGGUAACAUCCUUGAUUUAAAAGCAUUGCUUGUUGCUCUAAUUUGCGUGUAUAAAUUAAUUUUCAAUGAAUAAUCUUGAAUGUUUUUUAGAAUCACUUAUUUUUUUGAUCAAGUUGAUUUCAAUAGCACGAUUAAAAGGAUCAUGAUCGCAUCUUCAACAUUUUAUCUGACGCAUAAAUUAUAACUUGGCUUUAUUUAUAAUUACGUUUAGUCUUUAUUCAAUAAAUGAAACCAAAAUUU